UUUAAGUGUUUAGAUAGCUAAGAAUCUCUAGCUCAAAUUUAUUUGGUAUUUUCCAACUUAUAAGACCAUCUAGAUAGUCCUAUAUCAAUUGCUUUUCUAUCAAAGUCUCUUUCUUCGCAUAACUAAGUACAUUUCAAGCUAAUAAGUUAGACAAUUUUUAUGGAAUUUGUCAAAAUAACUGGAUCAUUACCUAAUCUGUGAGACAUCAAAAAGUCUUAAACUUCCAAUGUCUGUGGAUAACUUUAAUGGCAAGUUGCCCCCCGAGUUUUCCGAUCUAUCUGGCGUGAAAAAUGUUGUCUUCCCUGAGAAGCUUAGUCGUCCAGUAAAAGGAUAUGACUUCAAUACGUGCGGUGCUUCGGUGGAUUUCGACCGACUGUUGUCGGAGUUUACACUCUCGACUGGGUUGCAGUCAACUUACUUCGCGAGGGCUUUAGAGGAAAUACAUCGGAUGAUUUCGGCCAAAUUGGACUCGAAGUUGACCCCCGGUGACCUGAAGAAACAACAGGAGAUUCCGAUUGAUGAUUGGAAGCCCACACCGUGCACCAUAUUUCUCAGCUAUACCUCUAACCUGAUAACAGCCGGAACUAGAGAGAUCAUUCGCUACUUGGUCCAGCACAAAAUGGUGGACUGCCUAGUGUCCACAGGAGGAGGUAUAGAGGAGGACUUUGUCAAGUGUCUAGCUCCCACGAUGGUGGGAGAGUUCGAAUUGAGUGGCAAGGAUCUGCUCGGAUUAGGUGUGAACAGAAAUGGGAACCUGCUACUCUCUGAUGGAGUAUACGGCAGGUUUGAAAAGUGGAUCAUUCCGUUACUUGACAAAAUGCUACUGGAGGAAAAAGAAGGUUUAGUUUCUUGGACUCCAUCGAAGCUCAUCAGAAGACUGGGCAAAGAAAUCAACAACGAACAAUCGGUCUACUACUGGGCAUACAAAAACAAUAUUCCAGUGUUCUCCCCCGGAAUAACUGACGGGGCCAUAGGAGACUACCUGUUUCUGCAUUCCUUCAAGCACGAAGGAAAAACUAUCACUUUAGAUGUAGCGAGUGAUGUGCGCGCUCUUAUGAUGACGGCUAUAAGAUCGAGUAAAACCGCCGCUUUGUGUCUCGGUGCGGGCCUUCCAAAACACCAUGUUCUAAACGCUAAUGCAUGGAGACUUGGCGUAGACUACUGUGUGUAUAUAAACACAGCACAAGAGUUUGAUGGGUGUGACUCGGGGGCGUUACCGGAAGAAGCGGUGUCAUGGGGGAAGAUAAAACCGGAAGCGAACGCGGUCAAGUUGUUCUCGGAGGUAUCGGUGGUGUUGCCAUUGAUAGUAUCGCAGACGUUCUUCAAGCGGCAAGAAGAGUUCAACGAUAGUCUAUGCGCUGAAUGAGAGAUCUGACUCAAAAUAUGAGAUAUAAUCAUUUAAAAAAGAUGUGUAUUUUCGGAAAACAAGUGAAUCAACAGCGUGUUUCCUAUUACAGCCCCUGGUAUAAUAUAGCCGACCAUAAUAUUAAAAGGCAAGGGGCUAUAAUGUAAAAGAGUUGUUGAUGGGUUAUAGCCCGAUUGCCGACUUUGAGUAACUUAUUCUUAUUCUGAAAUGAGGUAAUUUACAAAAACGGUUACAUUA